AUUCAAUGGAUUGGCUCACUACCUGGUUGUACUGAUGCCUUGAUGGCUGGAAUUGAAUUGAUAUGAGGUUCACUCCAGUUACAAUAGGUUGUGUACUGGUCAGUUCAAUAGCUGGACCCAUCACCUGGUAUCUAUGGAUACACACUGGAAGUGCUAAUGCUAACUUCUUCUUUGCUUUAACAUUAACUUAUUGUAUUAGUCAAAUAUUCUUAUUGCUUGAUGUGUGUCACUCAUACCUCACUCAUCAGUAUGAUAUGACCAAUGGAUUACCUAGGACUAGUAAUAAACUAGGAACUGGUCAUGUACUGUUGAAAUUACAAUAAUUGAUCAUUGUCAUAAUGAAUUUUGAUUUGUUUUACAAUAAUUAGCUAACUAGAGUUGUUUCAGUCACACCUCUUCUCGCACCUCUUUCAAUCAUGGCUGCGAAUUGGGCGAGAAGCUCGGGGAGAAGUAGUAUUUCUGUCUCGAUUUUACUGAAAGAUAAGGCUGGCUUUCAUUUUAAAGAUGAUGGAGGUGCUCCAUGGCAGUGUACAGUACCUAAAGGAGAACUUGUGAUUGAACAACCGAAGGAAGAGAUACCUUCAAUUGAGAGUGACAAGCUUCCACCAAAUUAUCGUUUGUAUAGAGAUGAUGAAUACGUUGUUUUACACUGUAGGGCUAUGGAUGUAUGUCCAUUAGGUGACAGAGAAAUGGAGUAUUUAUUAGCAGUGGAGUCUCUCAGCACACGAUUGCAGGAAUAUCUCAAACCAGAGGAGGUGAAGAAGGAGAAACUGGAUUUAGUCGUUGGUGAUAUGGUGAUGUUUAAAUUGAAAGUGAAACCUGAUGCUUUUGUUUCCAUUGUCAAAGGUGUAAUACGUUACAUUGGUCCUAUACAAGAAAAGCAUGGGACACACUUUGGUAUUGAAAUACAAGAAGAGAGAUAUCGUGGUAAAGGUACCAGUAAUGGUGAUCCAUAUUUCUGUUGUGGAUCCAAAGAUGCUGUCUUUGUAUCUAUGAAUAUGAUAACAAAGAAAUCUCAAUAUCCUAUGGAUGAGAAACAUGCUCUUGCUAAAAGUGCUAUUACGGGUCAGCCAAUAAGUAAAAAUCGAAAUGGUGGUAGCUCAGACAUUUCCCAAGGGCCAUUUUAUGCAAGAACAGAUCCUAAUCAUAAGUCAAAGUUUAAAAUUAAUGAUCGUGUGGUUGUGAAGUCAGCCAAAGAUGAAGUGUUUAAUGGUACUGUAAAGUGGGUGGGGACAACUAGAGUUUUUAAUGAAGGGAACAGGUACUCAUCUGUUGUUGCUGCUGUUGGAGUUGACGUGGAGAAGGCAUUUUUAUCUACUGAUAAGCAUUUCCCUGGUAUGUAUAUUGACGUUACUGGCAGUCGUGGUCAGGAACUUUUUAAAGUUCCUUUAUCUCACACUCGUUUAUUUUUUCCUGAGGAAUAUGGUGUCGUACUUCAUGCUGAGGAAUAUGCUAAACAGCAACAAGAAGCUAAUGCUCUUAAGUGGGAAAUGAAAGAAGCUAAGAAAUUUGGUUUAAGUUUAGAAGAAUAUCAAUCUCAGAGAGAAUAUCUUGAGAAAGCUAACAAGGACAAGAAGACACAUCAUCCCCAGCAAACAGGAGGGGGGCAGGAAGAGGAAGGAGCUGUUGCUGGAGUUGGAGCUUUUAAGAAAAAUGAAAAUGAAAAGGAUAAGAUGUCAGAGUCCAUGAUGCACAUUAAACCUGGUGUGUCACUCAGUGAAGGAAGAAGACAACAAGAAGAACGAGCAUUUCAACUAGCAAGACAACGGAGUCAACAUGGUGGUGGUGAUCAAACUGGAUUUGAAGUUAUUAAAGGAGAAGUUAAGCCUGUAGGCGAAGGUCAUCAACAAAGUGUCAAUCCUGUUCCUGAAGGAUUACAAAGACCAUCACCAAAAGCUCAUCAUGAAGCAGGAUACACCAGCCUCUCUUCAUCUGAUAGUAAGUAUUAUCAGCGACACUCUCCUGGUACUAAUCAAUAUUCUCCUGAUCCUGCUGGCCAACAUGAUGAUCGUCACAGUUAUUUACCUGGUGGUUCUUCUGACAACUACCAACCUGGUGGUUCUUCUAACCAGUAUUCAUCUGGUGGUCCCCCUCCUGAUCCUUAUCAUCAGUUCACUAUUGGGUCAAUGGUGUAUAUUGAUACUCAAAAAGGUGAUCCAUUGUAUGGUGUAGUACAGUGGAUAGGGACACUACCUGAUUUCCCUGGAACAAUAGCUGGAGUGGAAUUAGAGAAAACAAUGAAUGGUGGUACUGAUGGUACAUGGCGUGGAAGAAGAUUCUUUACUUGUCCUCCUGGUAAAGCUUACUUCUGUCCAGUGAAUACUCUCAAACAAGACACAAGAUAUAUGGAUGAAGGACAAGUACCAGCACAUAUGAGACAAGAUAUUGAUAACCGUAUGUUAAUACAGUUUAAAUGCAUUUUGUGCAAAUUCUAAAAAUUAAUGUUAAAUUA